AUGGCCGAGGCCCCCGCUGACCCGGACAGAAAAGAUGACCUGGAAGGGAAAAUCCUGCAGGCGCUGCAGGAAGCUGGCUCCCCUACAAAGACGGCCCAGCUGGUGGUGAAAUGCCAGGUGUCCAGGAAGGAGCUCAACCAGGUCCUCUACCGGAUGAAGAGCCAGUCCAAAGUCAUCCUCCUAGAGCCUGCCACCUGGAGCCUGGCCGACGCUGGGCCUGGAGCUGUGGUUCCCUUCCAGCCGGCUGAGUCAGCGCGGAGCUGCGCCCUGAAGCGCCCUCAGGACAUGGCCAGUGUUCCCCAGAUGCCUGGGUCCUCGCCCACUCAGCUACAGGAAGAGAUUUACCGGCUGCUGGCAGACAGGGGGCCCCAGAGAGCCCUGGUCAUCGCCCAGGUCCUGGGGAUGAAGACGGCGCGAGAUGUCAACCCAGCCCUGUACGCAAUGCGGAACCGGCACCAGCUGAGCCUUGAUGAGGGCACAAGGUUGUGGGCCAUUUAUGUGCCAGAAGGUUCCAGAAGGAAAAAUCAGACCACUGAGUGUAUUUACCAGAAAAGUACAGUCAACAUGAUCUUCCAGAAUGGACCCAAUAGCUGCAUUUCCAUUACAAACUCUAAGGACAUCCAGAUUGAACCAGUGCGUGCCACACAGGGAGACACGGCCUCUGGGGACAGUGUGCCCCUGGCCCCGGCCAGCGCCUGGAGCCCCCAAAACAUCCACAUGUGGAAGUGCAAACAGGUGCAACUGGGAAACUACAACACUUUUCAUCUUCACGGUGCCUUUUCACCUCCCGAAAGUCCUCAAGAGCCUUCAAUGGAAGCACAAAUGGACAAGCCAGGACCUCGCCCAGGAGGGGAUGAGACUCAGGGAGUCCAAGGCGAAACACAGCUCCUCGGGCACUUGGCCAUCAACAAAGAAAUGACUGUUAGCUCAGCUGGUCCCAAAGGAGACAACAGCAAGAAUUCUGGGGGCCUGGGGGAGCGUAGAGGGAUCCCGAGGUCUCCACGCCCACCCCCAGGUGGCAACAGAUGCUUCCUGGAGGACAUCCAGAGUGGACACUGGACCAUGGCUGGUGUUUACCAGGACAAGGCCAGGGUCUGA